CCCGCCCUCCUACUCUAAUACAUCUCAUACAUAUUACCAAACCUUUAAUCUGACGGUACACAUCACAAAGUCACUCAACAAGGCUCCGGGCUGAGACACAUUUCCCAGCUCAUGUUGUACAGUGCUGGCUCAAGCUCCAGGGUUUUUCCAUUAGUUGCACCAAGUUUCCGUGGCGCUGAGAAACCAGGGACCGGUUUGGGCAUAUUUUGUCUGUGGGGCUGCAUCCAUCGCAUCAGUCAACAGUCAAAGGAAAUCUGGAUUCUAUUUGCUGAAAAACAAGUUGAGCGACUUGGACACAAUCAAAGACAAGUCCAACAGAAAGCAGAGGACCAGUUGUCCAUCGCAAACCGGAUGUUAAAUUUGUGCAUGUCAUUUUUAAAACCAAGUCGAAAGUGUUAAGACUCUACUGGGCCUGAAAAGUGUAACUUUUCCACGCAGUUUUCUUGGAGCAGAGGUCUUCAACAUGAGCAAGCCUGCUGGUUCAACAAGUGGUUGUCUGGAUAUUUUAAAUGUCAAAUCCAGUCGGAUUCUGGACAUUCCAUGUAAAGUGUGUGGAGACCGAAGUUCCGGGAAACACUACGGUGUUUAUGCGUGUGAUGGCUGCUCGGGAUUUUUCAAGAGGAGCAUAAGGAGAAACAGAACUUAUGUCUGCAAAUCUGGCACACAGGGCGGCUGUCCAGUAGACAAGACACACAGAAAUCAGUGCCGCGCCUGUCGCUUGAAAAAGUGUCUAGAAGUGAAUAUGAAUAAAGAUGCCGUGCAGCACGAGAGAGGACCGAGGACUUCAACCAUUCGAAAGCAGGUGGCACUGUAUUUCCGAGGGCAUAAAGAGGUGAACGGUUCGUCGACCCAUUUCCCAUCCACGUCUAUCCCGGGGCCGCCGUUUUUCACUACAGUCACGCAGCUGGAGCCUCACAAUCUGGAGUUGAACACGGUCACAAGCACACCGGAACGACAGGCCAUUGUGGGACUCGCCCAACCCACACCGAAGUAUCCGCAUGAAGUUAGCGGCAAUCCCAUGUACCUGUAUGAAGUGGCGACGGAGUCUGUGUGCGAAUCAGCCGCGCGCCUGCUCUUCAUGAGCAUUAAAUGGGCCAAGAGCGUCCCGGCCUUCUCCACACUCCCUCUACCGGAUCAGUUGAUCCUUUUAGAAGACGCUUGGAGGGAACUGUUCGUGUUGGGCAUAGCGCAGUGGGCCAUUCCAGUGGACUCCAGCACUCUUCUAGCUGUUUCAGGAAUGAACACCGAGAACACAGAUUCCCAGAGGCUAAACAAAAUCAUCGCAGAGAUCCAGGCGCUGCAGGAGGUCGUGACGCGCUUCAGACAGUUAAGACUGGACGCCACGGAGUUCGCGUGCCUCAAGUGCAUCGUCACCUUUAAAGCAGUUCCAACGCACAGUGGGUCGGAAUUGAGGAGCUUUCGCAACGCCAGUGCCAUUGCAGCCCUUCAGGACGAAGCCCAGCUGACUCUAAACAGCUACAUCCACACUAGGUACCCCACUCAGCCGUGUCGCUUUGGGAAACUGCUGUUGCUCUUGCCUGCUCUACGUUCAGUUGGUCCAUCCACCAUUGAAGAGGUGUUCUUCAAAAAGACCAUCGGAAACGUGCCCAUCACUCGACUGCUCUCCGACAUGUACAAAUCCAGUGAUAUAUGAGCUACUGAGAGACAGAGAAAAGAAAUCAAGAUGUAUCUUUGACCUUGGCAUUCGCAUGGACGCCGUGGAUGAUACCAGACACCCUAACGUGAUACUUCACGCACUUGUUUGGAGAACAAAGCUCUACCAAUGUCAAGAUAUUAUUACGCAGGGAAACUAUAAAACAAACAAAAGACUGAAUCUCUACAAGUUGAGCUUAAUGCUUAGAAAGAUAAAUGAACGUUUAACCAGUAAUUUUCUAAUUGAUUUACUUUUAAUCUAUUUAAGUUCGUUUAUGGAAGUAACUUAACAAGCUUAAUCUGUUCUUGUUCUAUCAAGAUUCAAAUACAAAAUUAUCUUAGUUCAUAGUCAUAUAUUUGAAUGGAGUGUCUGUGAGGUUAUGUACAAUCAUUCAUUUCAAAACGGAAUGUUUUAUUGUGUCCAGUUGACCAACUACCUUAAUCCUACCAAUGCUGUUUUGACUUCAGCACAGGUAUCAUUUAUUUGUCCACAAGAACUUUGAAGAAAACCAAAAAAAAGAAAAAAGAAACCAUAAGGUAUGUUGCAGGGAAGUAGGUCGCUGUCCCUUUGACAUAGUGCUGAAAACCAAAGGCCCAUGAGUCAGAACUGAAAAGCAAGUUCAUUCCUGUUUUACCUUCUAGCAGAAGCUCCAACUUUAAUCAAAACACUUGAACCAACUAAUCAGGUUUACUUGAAAUGUACGCUGAAAGGUUGGAAUUAAACACUGCAGGAAGGCAGCAGGACUGAGCAUUAUUGACUUGAUUCAUCACAUAAUUACAUAUUGAGGUGACUGGGAGGCCACAUCACCCACACCCUGUGACCUUAACAGAGGAUUGGGGUUCACAGGCAGGGCAUUCGAAAUCCUGUGGAAACAGAUCUGUUGGCAUUGUGAGUUUUCAGUGCGCCCACUUGGAAAACUUAAUUUUAUUGAGGUUUAAAAAGUUGUUUCUGCUCAAUCUGUGGCCCAUGUCAGAGGUCGCCAUUUUAAACCUGUUUGACUAGCUACUAACCCUGGAAAAGAGGCACCACGAUCAGCACUUGGAUUUGCUUUUGUAGUUUGUAAAUACAUUUCUCGUUGUACAGUGAUAAUUUUUGUGAAAGUUGUUCUAAGAUAUUAGAAUAAAUAUUGAAUAUUGAUCACCUGGUCCUUCAAA